UCUCACGUCGGACGACCAGGUCUCGCCUCCCGGUCCCCCUAGUUGGCGCUGGCACAUUCGUAGCUCCAGGGAUUGGAACGGAAUGCAGGAACCAUGAACGGCCUUCGGUGGCUGCGCCGGACAAGGACUUCAACGCAGAGGUACUCUUUUCAGAGUUUGAAGCUGGCUCAGAUAGUCCUACCGAAAUGGGAGUUAUAGUUAAGGACACGAUGGAAGUUUGCUCGGCAGAAGAGAUCUUUAGUAGUCCUGAAUGGUACGAUGGGCAAAGGGAUCUUGAUAUGCCUCGCUCAUCCCCACCACCUCCUCCAUCGCCACCACGACCACCUCCAUCACCAUCCUUAGCUUCUCGUCCCCCAAGUCCGGAUCCUCAGAUGCUAUGUGAUUCUAUUGCUCUGAUUGCCGCUUUAUCUUCACAAUUGUCUGAUCAACUUCGGUCUAUUAAAAUGGAUCCUCUAUUGCAAUCUUCAGUUUUAAAUUCAUUACCUUUGAAUUUAAAGCUACCUUCAGUAGACCCAUCCUUCUCAUCCCAACCACAUCCUUUUCAAUCUCUUAUUCCUUCACAUGUCCGACCCUCUUCUUCUAUUCAUUCUGCUGUAGCUCCCAUUUCUAAUGCAUUUUUGUCAGCACCAUCUCAUCCUUCUGAUUCUGAAUUUACUAAACCUUCUUAUACAUCAUCAGUAGGUGGAAGAGGGUUAAGUAACAUUCCCAAGGCCUCGCCAUCUCCUCUGGGAGAGAGUGUUUAUCAUUCCCUACCUUCAAAUUUACCUGUAGAGAAGGAUACAUUUGAUAAAGAAUAUAUUGGACUUGUCAAUUCCUCAUCACAUCCAGGAGACCCAUCUCUACUUUCUCCUCCUACAAAUAUACGAGUUAAAAUUUCGCCUCCACCUCCGCCUCCGCCUCCGCCUCCACCUCCAUUGAUUAAAUAUACUAACAAGCAUAUUGCAGACACAUUGCCAUCCUCUUGUGUUGAAGUUGACAAUGCAUCAUCACAUUUACCUCUGAUGCCACAGAUAGUGCAAUCAUCUUCUUCCCCAAAAACACAUAAUGUGCAUUUAACAUCACCUCCAUUACGUUCUCCACCGACUCUGUCAUCUCCACUUCUGCCGUCACCUUCUGAAAGUGUUGAGAGAACAAAUCUACCAAUUUUACAUAGCAAGAUAGAUGAAGCUUCACAUUCAGUGCAAUAUAUUGGAGUAGUUGAAAAAGACCUAAGUCCACCUCCUCCUAUAAGUAAUUUGAAAGAAUCUCAACUAUCACCACCACCUCCUUUUCCUGGAUUUUGUGGAUUACCUUCAUCUUUGCCUCCUCCAGUAGUCCAAAGUUCAAAACAAUUAGAAGCAUUUCGAGAAGCUUCUAGUCCACCACCUCCUACUACUAUGAUCGGUGUGCAAAGUUUGCCACUACAGCUGCCAUCACUUCCUUUAAAAUCAAUGUUACGUGGGGCUGAGCUGAGCGCCCAGGCAGAAGAACAGAUACUUGAAGCUAAUGAAAGAAAGGUUGGUAAAGUUCGUUUUAUACCAAUCAACAAUGAGCAUGGAGAAAACUUAGAUGAUAAGGGCGUGACUCGAAAAGUGGAUAAGCAAGCAGACAAAGCCAUAAAUGAACUGGAUGUAAAAGAAGAAUAGAGAGAGAGAGGAAGGA